AUGGGCAGCAUCACAACAACAACCACAACCAUGGCUCUCCCACCUUCUAUCCAAACACACCCCUCGAAGCCCUCCCCACCGUCACCACCGACACAAUCAUACAAGAAACCCUGGAUCCCAACCCCUUUAAUAAAAAGCACCCCCCUCUCCACGCUAGCAGGCUGCACAAUCCUCCUGAAACUCGAAAACACCCAACCAAGCGGCUCCUUCAAGUCCCGCGCAAUGGGCGCCCAGAUCCUCUCGCACCUCCAGAACCCAUCCAACGCCGGAAAGCGCGUACACUUCUUCGCGUCGUCGGGCGGGAACGCGGGGCUUGCGGCUGUUUGUGCGGCGAGGACCCUCGGGUUCCCGUGUACGGUUGUUGUCCCCAUCUCGACGAAGGGGCUUAUGGUGGAGAAGUUGGUUAAGGCGGGGGCUAGACGGGUCGUGAGGUAUGGGGAGACGUUUGAUGAGGCGGGGGUUUAUAUGCGGGAGGUUGUUAUGAAGGAACAGGAGGAUGGGGAAGGGGAAGAAGAGGGCGAGGUUGUGAAGAUUGCCCUGCAUCCGUUUGACCAUGAGGCAAUCUGGGAGGGGAACAGUACGCUCAUUGAUGAGUUGGUUGAGCAGGUUCCUGCUUUUGUUAGUGAGGAGGAAGAGGAUGGGCGCGUGCUGCCUGUCGAUGCUAUCGUGUGCAGUGUUGGUGGCGGUGGUCUGCUCAACGGCCUUGUGAUGGGCCUUGAGCGGCGCCGCCGACAGCUUGAGAAGGAGAAGAGACUUCCAUCGAGUGGCAAGCAGACCAAGCCGACGCACCUCCUCGCCGUUGAGACGAGGGGCACAGACUCACUCGCUGCGGCCGUCGCCAAGGGCUCUCUUGUUUCGCUGCCAAAGAUCACGUCGCAGGCGACGUCGCUUGGUGCGAUCCGUGUCUCUGAGCGGACGCUGCAGUAUGCACUGCAUCCGCCGGAGGGCGUCAAGGUGCAUAGUACCGUGCUGUCCGACGCCGAGGCGGCGCGGGGCGUGCUGCGGCUUGUGGACGAUGAGCGGCUGCUGGUUGAGUUGGCGUGCGGCGUGUGCGUCGAGGCUGCAAUUGGAGAUGCGAGUGGUGCCGUGAAGACGACGAAGAAGCGAAAGAGGGAGGUCGAUGAGGGGUAUGGGGAUGACCGGCUGUCUGCAGGAGAAAAUGAAGAUGAGGAGUUGGUUGAUGAGCUGAAGACCGAGGCCUUGCCGCUGCAGUCGCGGUUGAAGGAGCUGGUCCCGGACCUGGGUCCGCAGAGCCGCGUGGUUAUUGUUGUUUGUGGUGGAAGUAAUGUCACCAUCGAUGCAGCGGUGGAGUGGAGGAAGAUGUUGAAGGAGGGCUGGGGGUAUGAAAACUAG